AAAGAGAAAAGAAACGAAAUCAAUAAAACGAACCAUUUGCCUUGACAUUUUUUACGAUUCUUUCUUCUUCUGCAUAUUAUUUCCUAUACCUUCAAGCAAUUAACGGUAAAAAUCGAAAGUGUUAUCGCCUCAAUUUUCGUUAAUUAACCCGAAUAUUAGUUAGAGAAUCCGUAUGUAUUUAAAAUGUGAAAAUUACCAAUCACCAAAUUUCGUAUCAUAUUUCCCGACACAUUUCUACUGCAUAUCUUCUCGUACUUAUACCUAAUUCAAUAAAAUAUUUCCAUAAAACAUUGUGAGAGAGAAAAAAAUUAUUUUUUUUUUCGCCGAGACACACCUACAAACGAACUAAUUAACCAAUCACAGUACCACAAUUUUAAGUCUCUCCUCUUCCCAUUAAAAAAAAAACUUUUUUUAAUCUCACAAUUUGUUUUGAAAAUUCCUUCGUUAGUUUUACUACAUUUUCUUGAUCUACAUGCAGCAUAAAUAGUAACAUAUAGAGAUCUGCUUAUAACUAAAACUCAACGAAUUAGAAGAGAUUUAAACAGAAACUAUACGGAUAGUUAUAAGUAUACGUUGAAGUCGGAUAGUAAUAAUACAUUUUGAAUCAUUUUGAAAGUGUAGAUCAUUUAUUUAGUGCUAUUCGUGUAUUCACUGAGUAGUGACACUAAAGAUCACUUGUUUCGUUUUUAAAAACAAUAUUAUAUUGCGAAACGGUUGUUAAUUGCUGACUGUGUGGUGUUUGUUUAAUAAAAGUGAAAGCUCAUCAAUUUGUUUAUAUUUGAGACAUUAAUUACGGUGGUGCAAUCAAAGGAAUAAUCGGAUACUCUAUCCCAGUUGAAAAUGACCGAUCAACCAGCACACAAGAGUGAUGAAAUUUCCUCCACCGAAAGCAAUAAAUCGAAGAGAUUGUUGCGAACACCUAAAUGCGCCAGAUGCCGGAAUCACGGGGUGAUAUCAUGUUUAAAAGGUCACAAAAAACUGUGCCGAUGGAAGGAAUGCGUCUGUCCAAAUUGUCAAUUGGUUGUUGAGAGACAAAGAGUCAUGGCUGCCCAGGUGGCUCUGCGAAGGCAGCAAUCAUCUGAAGAAAUUGAUCCAACUAAUGUAGCCAAUAAAACCGAGACGUUGGAAGCGCUCCUGGCUCAGAAAAGGGUGUACCAGAAGCAUCUCAGGAAUUUACAGCAGACAUCGCUAGCUAGAGACAUUUUAAAAGGUUACAAACCCUACCCGAUGUACGUGUCACCAUUGUCCGAACGAUUGCGAAAGAGAAAAGCGUUCGCUGAUCGCGAAUUAGAUUCAUCAUCAUCAUGCAUCCUAGCAUCAGCCAUAUCGAUACCACCAUACGGCAUCAAUUACGAUCAAUUAUCUCGAGAACCAACACCGUACAUAACAGCAAUAUACGAUCAUAAUCAGCAUUAUGUACGAUCAAAAUUGCCGGCCACACAACCCUAUCCCCAUUUCUACGAGGACAAUGUGAAAGAGAAAUUGUUACCUAAAAUUCGUAUCGUCGACGAAUCAAAGUUAAAAGAAACUGCGUACAGCGAUCGGUGCCAUUCAGACUAUAAUAUGACCAAUGCAAAACCGAAAAUUUCAUUUUCAAUCGAUUCCAUUAUUGGGAUCCAUUGAGUUUAAACGUUACGCUUGUGUUGAAUGUAAAAAAAAAAAAAAUGUUUGU